ACAAGUUCGCACACAAAAGUUAUUGCCGCAGAGCACGCAGUGAGCCUCAGGCGUGCCUCGAUUUACGAUAAAGUUUUAAGUUGAAAACUCAGUCUCUAUCACCAUGCUAGUGAAAUUCGUCUUAGCUCAACUCGGGCUGGUCGGUCUACUGUGCCUAGCACCGGCUCAGGCUCAGUAUCGCGCCUCACCCAAGCUCGCAGGACCCGCUGCUCUCGCAGAGAACUCAGCUGAUCCCAUUCUCAACUCCCUGGAUGUGGCCAUGGAUAAGAUAAGCAAUAUAUAUAUCCAAGCGCUGCUUUCCGGCACGCAUACGCCCGAGCUGGAGAUUUCACUGCGCGCUCUGGAACUCGAGCUGUACGAGCUGCUCGAUCAGCUCUAUAAGCAACAUCGCCUGAAGGACUACAUGAAAUACGAGUCGGCAGUGUCGAAGCAAAUGAUUAUCUACAAUUUGCUAAAGGAACUCUUUGGCUAUACGCAGCACAUUGAGAAGUCAUAGUAAAAGUGAUUUCGAGCAUUUCUGUUCAAUAAAUUGA